AUGCAAGCUUCCAACCGGCUGAAAACUGCUUUCAAUGAGGGCCAUCCUUCGUUUGGUGCUUGGCAGAUGCUCCCCGGAGCAAACGUCUCAAGACUUUUAGCGCGGACCGGUGUCGACUGGGUCCUGGUUGAUUGCGAGCAUGGGAAUAUUGACGAUGGCGCGAUGCAUGAUGCUGUUCCCGCCAUAGCCGCCGUUGGGGUUUCUCCAAUCGUGAGAUUGGCAGACAUGCAAGGAUGGAUGGUCAAGCGUGCAUUGGAUAGUGGUGCACAUGGUAUACUUGUUCCUCUACUUAGGACGGUGGAUGAGGCCAAACAGCUCGUCCGAGAGACCAAGUUUCCACCUAGAGGAGUGAGAGGAUUUGGUUCUCUUAUUGCCCUCGAGAGAUUCAACCCAAACCCAACACUCACCGAGUACCUUCACCAAGCCAACGAUGCUCUCUUGACCAUUAUUCAGAUCGAAACAAAAGAAGCGUUUGAGUCCGUCGAGGAUAUCGCCGCGGUGGAUGGGGUUGAUGCUUUAUUCAUAGGGCCAUUUGACUUGGGUAACAACAUUGGGUAUCCGGUGGACAAGGGUGUCAUGCCCCCAGAGCUCGAGGCAGCGUUGGCGAGAGUCUUGGCCGCUGCCCACAAUGCUGGCAAGAAAUGUGGUAUCUACUGCAAAGACGGAGCACAAGCAAAGCACUUUGUCGGUAAAGGCUAUGAUAUGAUCACUUCUGUCACAGAUUACACUGCACUUCAACGUAUAGCUGGGGAGGAAGUCGGUAUUGCCAAGGGUACUGCGAAGCCAGCAGGAGUAUUUUGA